UCGAAGAGCGGGCAGGCAGGGUGGGAAGGGGAGGGACGGCAAAAUCCGGGCGCUCCUGACGGUGUACGUGGAGCGAGGAGAGCGCACGUUUCCUCAACCAGAGCUCAAGCCCUUGCAAAGCAUCUGGGAGCUGGGCCGGCUGCCCACAGACAUUCUGCACCUCUGAGUCACGCUGCAGCCUGCUGCACCCUGCAUGGCGCAGCCCUGCGCAGCCCCCUCCCCCAGCCCACCCCCCCGGGGACGGCCACCCCCCAGGCCCCGAGGCUGGGAGGAACGUGGCCGCCUGCAUCCAGGCUUGCCUGGGUGCUGGGUGCAGGGAACCCCCCCUCUUUCCCCUCUCCUCCCCGGGGAAAUGAGGUUCAGCUCCCUACGGAGCAUCGCCGCCGGCAUCCCUUGCUUUGCAGCCCACUCCUCACGGUGUGUCCCCCCGCUGCUGUUACUGGGGGGGGUCACCAUCGCUUGGGAGGGGCAAAUUCCCCCCUUCGGCAGUACCUGGGGAGCACAGUUAAGCUCCCCCAUGGGAAGGUGAAGGGGGGUAAGGGUGGCAUUUUUGUGCCAGUCUGGCACAUGCAAGGUCAGGAGGGACCAGGCAGCAGGGGGCUGUCGGGUGUUGGGUCAUGUCCUUCGCCAGCGGUGCCGGUAUCGGCUCCCCCGAGGCUCGGCGCUGCUGGUCGAAGCCUGCCACGGUUCUUAAAUAAGUCAGUCUUCUGGCAGUUUAGGAGCAACCAAAGUGGGAAUUGCGGGUUUGGGGCUCUGGGUGUUGCGUUUCAGGCGAGAGCAGCGGACUCUGCUCAGGCGGCCACAACGUGCCGGUUUGUCCAAGCCCUGUUAGCGGCUCGGGAAGAUGACUUUUGGCAGAGCCGAUGGCCGGGGCGGGUCACAGCAGGGCGAGGACCGCUGCGGUCUGGACAUCUGUCUGCUAAGCCCCGGUGAUGCUGCCAUGGGGGAACCUGAGCUGAGCCGGCACCGCAGCUGUGCCGGGGAGUAUCGUCUCGGGUGCGAAACCCAAAAUGAACAUCCAGGCGGUUUUUGGUCGUUGAAGAGCUGAAGGCAGGCACUUUCCCCCAAAGCCUUGGUGUCCCACCCUGAUGCUGGGAGUGUUAUACACUGCUCCACCUAAGCCUCGGGUUGAAGAUGUCUCUUUUAGAAGAGCUUUAGGCUCCUGCGAGUUAAAGUCUCUCCUAAAAAAAUAGGAGCUAUUUUUCCUAACUUAGAGGGGGGGAUUACUGGCUGCCUUUCGCUGCCACUCACUGGAGCCGGAGCGUGAUUUUGAUUUACAAACGGUUUAAUCCGAGGAAUGCAACGAAAUGGGGAAUGCCAAAGCGAGCGCGUUGCAUGCUGCUGCAAACCCCCGGAGAAACCCAGCGCUCAAAGUUGCAGAAUAUUUGCUGCCGUCAGACACUGCCGGGCCAGGGCACCGCGGGGGUCCCUGCGGGCUCGGCCCCUGCCCACCGCGGCUCUGGGGCACCUCGGUGCGACUCGGUGCCUACACUUGGGCGCAGGCAGGUCGGGGGCGAUGGAGAAGGGUGCGUGGGAAGCCAACACCCCAGGAGGGUUUUUUUUCUGGGGCGGCCACACAUCCCAUUUUAUCCAAGACCUGUUUUCCAUUUCUCCUUUCUGCCCUUCUCCCACCCCUCCUGCUUCCAGCCCGUUCUUCCCGCUCAGCUCCAGUUAUUUUAAGUUCCUUUCCCAGCACAAGUCAAAGACGCAGCGUUUCACCCAAGCACCCGGUUAAACUGCCUCCGUGGUCUGAGCCCAGCUCAGUCUGGCAGAGCCGGGCGCUGGGUCCGUGCACUUGUGCUUUUUUAACCUCCAUCUAUUUUUUUUUUUUUGCCGGUGAGGGCGGGUGCAGGACAGAGACCGUCUGUGCCCCCUCCACCCUGUCAGUCUCCCCGUACCCCACGGCCACCCCACGCAGAAAGCAGCUCCUGUUCCCCGGCGGCUGGAGGUGCCUUUGCCCUCAAGCCUCUCGCCUGAAUCAUCCCUUGUUUACUGCCGCGGGAGAGGAAAAUCAAAGUUUGGCCAAAGCACCAUCAGGCGGGACUUUAUUUGUGGCUUCGAUUGGCGUUGCUGUGGCGGGGCGGGGGGGGGAUGGAUGCUUGAACCCCCCUCCCUUGUGCUGGGUUCCCAGUCCUCUCCCCCACCGCAGAAGGACGGCAGCGUGGGGACGCGGCGCCGGGCAGGAGCGAAGGGCUGAGCCGUGGCGCUGGCUCCGGCAGCAUCCCGGCGGGACGCGGGGCCGCCGGCCUCUCUCACGGCUGCAGCGUGCGAGGGCUGGAGGGAGGUGCAGACAGAGCAGAUAGUUAUUUUCCUCCUCCUGCAGAGAAGUUCAGCCAGAGGCUGGGGAGACCUUUAAUUAAGUGGCCAAUUCACACAGUCCUGGGGAGAUGAGCAGUCCAGCUCUCCGGUGGUGCUUCGUCGUCUCUGGCUUUACCGAAGGCGACGGGGACAGCCAGGAGCUCCGUCUGGCAGCGCCAUGGCUAGGGCUCCUGGGACGGUGGCUUGGCCACGGGGGUGGCUCUCAGCUGGAAGCAGCCACAGGCUCUUCUCUUCCCCCCUCGGCACGAGGCGAGCGUGCCUCGCCGUGCCUCUGCGCCCACUCCGGUCGGCCUCGGUGGUUUCAUCCCUCCUGCCUGUGCUGGCAGCGCCGGGACCCCGGGAGACCCCAGAGUUUUGGCAGUUGCAGCACAUCCUUCAUGACGAGUCUUUAUUUGUUGCUCUUUUUUUCAUCCCGUCCUCUCUCUGGAGCCUCUAUCUCCUUCCCUCCAGCCAUCUCUUCUUCUACAACUCCUUUUCCAUCUCCACCCUCUCGGACCAUGCAUCUGUUAGCAUCACUGCUUCCCAGCCAUGAGGCCACCCCGUCUCCAGCUGGGGACCAGGUUCCCGUGCGGUGGCAAGGGACCGGGCACGUGUUUGUCCCCUGGCAGAGCGCUGCAGGGAGGGCUCGGAGUGGGUAACGUGCUGUUCUCCCC